UGAUGGCACUUGUUGACCAAAAAGCAAUCCACGAUAUUGUAUUGAUUUCGGAAUAAACUGAAAAUCGUUUUAAAAUGCUAGAGAAGGUUAAAAAUAUUAUCGUAGUGCUAUCAGGAAAAGGCGGAGUAGGGAAAUCCACAGUAAGCACCCAGUUAUCUCUGGCACUGCGAAAAAACGGAUUCAAGGUUGGCUUGCUGGAUAUAGAUCUGUGUGGACCGAGUGUGCCAUAUCUACUGGGUCUGGAAGGACGGGAUAUCUUUCAGUGCGACGAGGGAUGGGUUCCUGUCUAUACGGAUGAAUCCCAAACCCUAGCGGUGAUGUCCAUUGGGUUUUUAUUGAAGAACCGCGAGGAUCCGGUCAUUUGGCGUGGCCCCAAAAAGACCAUGAUGAUCCGGCAGUUCCUUACCGAUGUCAGAUGGGAUGAGCUGGAUUACCUCAUUAUCGAUACUCCCCCCGGCACAUCGGAUGAGCACAUCACCGUAAUGGAAUGCCUGAAGGAGGUCGGAUGUCACGGAGCCAUAAUUGUGACCACUCCGCAAGAGGUGGCCCUGGAUGAUGUGCGCAAGGAGAUCACCUUUUGCAAGAAGACCGGCAUCAAUAUCUUGGGCAUUGUCGAGAAUAUGAGUGGGUUCGUGUGCCCCCAUUGCACCUCGUGCACCAAUAUCUUCUCAUCAAACGGUGGCGCCUCACUUGCAAAUUACGCCCAAGUACCACAUCUCGGAACUCUGCCCAUAGAUCCCCGAGUGGGCGUUUUGGCGGGAAGCACUACAUCCGUAUUGGAUGAGCUUCCGGAUUCCACGACAGCGGAGGUGCUGACUCACAUAGUUGAGAAGUUGAAAACGAUUUUCGUCUCCUGAAUAAACACAACCACGUAAAA